AUGACUUCCAAAUUCGGUCGCCGCGACUCGCUGGUGCGACAAGCCAGCGUGGAUCGGAUUCAGAUGGAGGGGAUCAAGCGUCAGAACACGAUCAAACAUCGUCGCGAGCUGGAGAAGUCCAUUUUGGCCAAGCAGGUACAGUACAACUUUUAAUCUUUUUAAAUUUGAAAUAACAAAGCCUUUAUCAACUUCAUCUUUCAGCUCCUGAAUCGCUUGAACGACGACAGUAUCGAGCUUGUACGAAGUGCCACCGACCAAGAACGACUGAAACUGUCAGUACUAAUCAACAGUACCAGUGAAAGCCGUGACGUGCUUGUCUCAACGUUCCAGAGGCUGUUGGCAGCUGGAAUCGAGAUCGACCAUGUCGAGACUAGACCAGACUUGGCUGAGCCAGGAGAACUAGAGUUGUUCGCUCAGACUCAAGGUGUCAAAAGCCAAUAUAUAGAUGCUUUUACCAAACUCUGCAUCGAGAAACCGAUCGACCGAAUCGUGCUCAAGAAGGCAGAGCCUGUGUUAGGUUAGUUUUGGAUAUUGUAGUGGUUGCUUUAGUUUUUUACGUUUGAUAAAUCUUUGCUGUGUUAUAUCGUACCUAUUUCGUAUUUUACAAAGUUAACAGUAUCUUGAAUUUGUAAAAAUAAUAGUGAGCCUUAAUUUUGUACUAGUUGUUGUUAUAGAUUGUUUUCUGAUAUUAAUUUACAGAAGUUUGGUACCCAAAACACAUUUCUGACUUGGACAAGUGUGCUCACGUCGUUGUGAAAUACGAACCUACAGAAGACCCCAAACAUCCAGUAGGUAUCACCAAUUAAUAUAAGCAGUGGAGUUGAUAUAUACAGACCUUUUGUAAUAAAACUCAUGGUAAAAAGUAAAACUAACACUUUAGGGUUACGGAGACAAAGCCUACAUCAAGAGAAGAGCCGAGCUGAAUGCCAUUGCCAAUUCUUACAAGUAGUAAGUUUGGUUUUACAGAGAAUUAAUAACAAAAAGCCUUUGUCGUAAUUACAAAUUUAGCGGUCAACCAAUGCCGCAUAUCGAGUACACAGAGCUGGAGAACAACACCUGGAGACAGUCCUACGCCCAACUAAAACAACUGCGACAAUCCCAUACCUGCAUCGAGUACCAAAGGAAUGUGAAGAAGAUGGAAGACGAAGGGGUAAUCACCAUGGACAAGAUCCCUCAGCUGUCUGAUCUCAACGUCUAUGUCCAGAGUAAGUCUUCAAAAUAUUAAGUUGUAGUAGGUACCUUUGAAUUUUAAAAGUUCUAAAAGAUACGCACUGUAACUUUUGACAGAUCGUAUCGAAUGACUAUUUUUACAAGUUAUAACUUCCUGUUAAAUGCUGGUACCUUCCAGAGAAAACCGGCUUCCAACUACGGCCAUGUGGCGGAUUACUCUCGGCCAGAGACUUCUUGGCCAGCCUUGCCUUCAGAACCUUCCAGGUAGAGUCAUUUCCAAUUUUAUGGAGAUUUUUCAUCGCUAGUUAUUCCAAAAAUACAAAAUUUCGUCGAUGUAACACAAAUCUUUGUUUUGGAACGAAAUGUCACAAAGUUUGAUACUUCGUUCAAUAUUGACUUUUCAAGUUUUGAAAUCGCAAAGAAAUCAGACAAAUUUUUGUAAAAUCGGCGAAGAUCUUCUUUACACGGCUUCAACUGCACAUUAUGUUUAGGCAACAUUGUACGUCCGCCAUCACAGCAAGCCCCAUCACUGUCCCGAACCUGAUGUUAUCCAUGAAGUACUUGGUCAUGUUCCGAUGUUUGCCGAUCCAAAUAUGGCCCAAUUAUCUCAAGAGAUAGGACUACUUUCUUUAGGAGCUUCAGAUGAACAAAUUGAACGACUGGCCACUGUCUAUUGGUUUAUCGUGGAGUUCGGACUGUGCCAACAAGAAGGAGGUUACCGAGCUAUUGGAGCUGGUCUGAUCUCGGCUUUCGGAGAGCUUCAGGUAACAAUUGGCCUAUUCUUUGGUAUUUAAAAAUGCCUUUUUUAAUCUAUGUUAAUAUUUUGAAGGCAUUGGUAAGUUUUUUAAUUAAAGUUUGUAUGUUUUAGCACGCGUGCUCCAAUGUUCCUCAACACGAAGAGUUUGAUCCCAAAGUUGUAGCUCUGAAAACAUACGAAGACUCUGACUAUCAACCUUUAUAUUUCGUUGCUCAUUCUAUUACUGAUGCUAUGAACAAAUUGCGGUAUGUUAAACUAAACUUAUUAAAUCGUUUAAAAUGUUGUUUUAGGUAUGAAAUUCAUCGUUUUAUGAUAAAAUCACCUUUUAAAAGUCAAUUUUAGGAAGUUUGCUCAGGGCAUGCCAAAGAGUCUUCACUUUACGUACGAUCCUUAUACUCAGACAGUAGUUCCUCAAAAGAGUCACGAGCGGAUCAAGAGAGAGAUCAAGAAUCUGAUGGAGAACAUGGAGUCUCUGACCAAUCAACUGAAGCAGAUGAUGUAG